CAGCCGGUACAAUGCCGGAUGUACGGAUCUAAAAAGAAGGGUGGCAGCAAGAAGGGCAGCAAGAAGCAGGUCGAGGAGGAGGAGGAGGAGGGUGCUGAGCCCUACGAGAUGACGCUCGACAUGGACAAGAUGGAAGAGCAGAUGCAGCACAGCAUCGACCGGUUCUCGUCUGAGCUCCAGUCCCUACGGGCCGGGCGCGCCAACCCUGCAAUGCUCGACCACAUGCGCGUUCAGCUCAAGGGCGGCUCAGCGACUUUGUCGGAGCUGGCAAUGAUUGCGAUCAAGGACGCGCACAAUCUGAUCGUUGUGCCCAACAGCGAGGAGGACGUCAAGGCAAUCGACACGUCGAUCCGCAACGCCGGGCUUGGGCUGAACCCGCGCAUCGAGAAGAACGCGAUUGUGGUGCCGGUGCCAAAGCCGACCAAAGAGUCGCGCGCGAAGAUGGCCAAGGAGAUUAGCGGGCUGGCGGAGAGCACACGCGUGCAUGUGCGCAAGCACCGGCAGGACGCGAUGAAGAAGCUCAAGAACGACUCAAAGCACAGCAUGCCCAAGGACGAGCUCAAGCGGUGGGAGAAGGACAUCCAGACCGUCACCGACAAGUACAUUGCCCGGGUCGAGGACCUGCUCAAGGCCAAAACGCGCGAGAUCGAG